AUGGCGAUAUCCAACAAGAUGUCUUCUUUGGCUUGGUUAGGGACGAUUCUGCUGCAAUCGGAUGAUGGAGAUGGAUCAAAGGAUCCAAGUCCUUUACCACCAGGGAGUGGUCCUACUCAAAAAUUCGAAGGUCCUUGGUUUUCAACCCAGCUCACGUUGUCGUUAGCUAUUGGUCUGACAAGCUUCUUCGCUUUUUGCUUCUUAAGGACUAGUUGGGAUGUAGUUUAUAUGGGAAGAACAAAGCUUAAAGACUUCUCACCGACACCUGCUCAUUCACCCGAUCCACAAUCCGCAUCUGGGAAAUCACGAUUUUUCGGAUGGAUAAUACCUACUCUUAGAACUUCAGAAUUUACUGUACUUCAAACUGUAGGAUUGGAUGCUGCAGUUUUACUCAACUUCUUUCGAAUGGCGUUUCUUCUAUUCAGUUUAUCGGCUUUCUUAGCUACUAUGGUAUUGAUACCUCUAAAUUUGUUUCGUCAUGGAUCUACCGAUUCUGCUCCUGAUCCUUCUGAAAACAAUACAGACACCUUAUCAUCGAAAUCCUCCACGUAUACCCAUUACAUACUCAUCAAUGGAUCAACACCCAUAACUAGACCCAGCUUCUACGAUGUGCUCCUCGAUCCGACAACCUCGUCCACCAUUCACUUAAUCUUCACAUAUCUCUUCACCGGCUUAUGCCUCUCUUUCUUCCAUAAUAACUUUCACCGUUUCGUCAUUUCUCGUCAAUCAUUCGGACUUCACUUGAUCCAUUCUAUAUCCUCCAGAACAGUGCUAGUAUCGAAUCUACCCAGACAUCUCAGAGGCGAUCGUGCGCUAGCAGACUAUUUCGAAAAUUGCGGUUGGAUGGUUGAAAGUGUUAGUGUAUGUAGGGAAGUCGAACCCGUUCGAAAAGUACUGGAGAAAAGAACGAUAGCUCUAUUGAAACUGGAAGCAGCUUGGGUUGAUUGGGUAGGAAAUCCAGCUGGAAAGGCAAUCAAAGGAUAUGACGCCAAUGUUUAUAUCAAACCUUCUCUUGCUGGAAAUCUCAGUACUUCACCUCAGCCUACAGAAGCUAGGCUUAUACCUGAAUUAGAUGAUGACGAGGAAACUCACGAAGGAAAUGCUUUGACUACUUCGUCAAAUCAAAUACCAUCAAACGGAUCAUCAACUCCCGUCGCUCUUGCAGGAUCACAGUCUGAAGCUGAAGAUGGAGAAUCACAUGCUCACGUUCAUAUACAUACCACUCGCCCUAGACCUACCUUCAGACCUCGUUGGUUCGGCAAUAAAGUCGAUUCUAUUGAAUUUUGGGAGAAAGAAUUUCAACAAGCUGAUGAAGAAGUGAAAGAGUUGAGGAAAAAAGGGAGAUUUGAAGCGACCCAUGCUGCUUUCGUCACCUUCGAAGACGCCAAAGAUGCUCAAACUGCAUGUCAAGUGGUACAUUAUCCUUAUCAUUCGGCAGUAACUACUGAACUGGCACCUGAACCCCGAGACGUUGUAUGGAGCAAAGUAUCGAUGACAGAUAGAGAAGCCAAGAUCAGGGAUUUCUUUAUCAUGGGAAUAACAGGACUGUUCUUCCUUUUCUGGUUUGUCCCUGUCUCCUCAUUCGCAACGUUACUCUCCUACCAGGAGAUCAAGAAAAUCAUGCCAUGGUUAGCCAAAGUCAUCAAUUCUUCCCCUCGUCUAGCUGCAUUAGUCCAGAACUCUUUGCCGCUAGUGGCUCUAACUAUAUUCAAUGGAAUAUUACCUUUCUUUUUGGAGUGGUUGAGUUACAUGCAAGGUUUCAAGAGUAGGAGUGCAACGGAGUACUCUCUGUUGAAAAAAUACCACCUGUUCCUGUUGAUUUCAGUCCUAUUCGUCUUCCUUCUUACUACAACCUACAUAGCCAUCGUAAGGGACUUCGUCGAUAGUCCGAUGAAGAUCCCACAAAAACUAGCUAGUGCCCUGCAGGGAGCCAACGUCAGAAAUUUUAUGGUUUCAUAUAUUAUGUUACAAGCGCUUGGUUUGAUGCCCCUUCAGCUGUUGAAUAUGGGACCCAUGCUCUCGUUGGGAUACUCCCGUGCACUAUUUACCAAAACCCCUAGAGAUUACGCCGAGGCGAACGCACCUCCCAUGCUGAAUUACGGAUGGGUAUACCCUCAAGCUUUAUUGGUAUUUACGAUUACACUUGUUUACAGCGUAAUGAGCCCUCUCAUUCUAGUAUUUGGUGCUAUAUACUUUGGGGUAGCUUAUCUCGUAUACAAGUACAAAUUGCUUUUUAUCUACUUUAAACCUUACGAAUCUAAUGGUGAAGCUUGGAGAAUCACUUUUGCCCGUACACUCUGGGCACUGAUUCUCUUCCAGCUCUUCAUGACUGGUCUUUUUUCACUUCGUCAAUUCUUCUGGGCAUCGGGUGUCAUGGUACCCCUUAUUCUGUAUACCCUAUGGUGGAGCUGGACUAUGUAUAGAGAUUUUGGACCGUUGAGCCAAUUCCUCGCAUUGAGCAGUGUCUGUGAGGUAAAGAGAGGAGAGGAACCUACUGGUGUGGCGGGUGUAGGAGAAGAAGGCGCUGUCAGUAGGAGUCAAAGUAAUUUGAACCAUCGACGAUACGCCGUCAACGACGAAACGCUUUAUGUCGCUCCCAGUGACAGACGAACGGACUACUCUCAACCGCCAAUGAACAAUUUCUACUUUGGCGUCCUAAACACAGGUCGUAGAAGAUAUGCCCAUCCUGCUUUGAGUGGGUUAUUACCAACUCCAUGGUUACCUGCCAAAGUCAAAUUCGGUGACGGAGCUAAAGAGGGAGGAAAGAGAAGUGUUGUUUUAAGCUUACGUCGAAAAAUGACCAAAAAACUCAAGAGAGAAGCAGGAGGGAAUCACGAGAAUGCAAGUCAACAAGGGGAAAACGGUAGAAACGGAUCAUCAUCAUCUUCGACAACUGGUAUACCUGAUGGAUGGACCACAGGUCACUCACUCAAACCUUCUAAAUCAUCAACAAGUCUGAAAGCGGGUUCUCCUCAUGGUGCAGGAAGUGGAACAACGGAAAACCUCAAUCCAUGGAGAGAUCCUACACCCUCACCAUCAGAAGCCAAUUCUGCAGGUUUAAAAAAGAAGAUAUCGUUCGGUCCCGGAACUGGUGUUAUUGAUCUGCCUGAGAAUAACGUUUGGGGCGAUGAGGACGAUGAUGAUGAGAAUGAAGAGGAACCCGAGUCACCCUCCACUUAUUUCCAUAGUCGAAAUAGAGCAAGAACGAAUAGUUCUUCAAGAGCUCUGGAUAACCCUUCAUCGUCGUUGAGUGGAAUUGCGGGUCCGUCACAAUCUACAAGUGGAGUCAACCUCCAAUCGUAG